ACGUAUGCGGUUUCGGAAUUUGGCGCGUAACGUCGUCGGGGUCGGGAUUCGAAGGGGGAACCGCGGGGGGGGGCGGGGGAAGCCUGGGCCAGUUCCCCGGCGUCAGACCACGGUUAGUCGGACGUUGUCGUUUGUUAGCCGGCUAGCUAAUGUCAACUUAAAAGUUCACGGUCCGUCUUCGAAGUACUGGAGGAUUAACCCGCGGUUUCGUCGGCUCACGAGCCAACACUCUUAGCCGGUCAAGCGCUACGGUUACGUGGCUAGCCGCCCGGGUCCGGGUCGGCUAGCGUCGACGCGACUCCUGGAGAAGGGAUCCCAGCCUGUGAAGAAGACACUCGGACUAUCAUUAUCAUCAUCGUCGUCAUUAUGUCAGUCGCAAUGGAGGCCACAGUGUCCCUGACUCCUCUCCCUGUUCCCACCCACUUCUCCUAUGCAGAGCAAUCCUUCUCACUAAAAAAACGCCGCCUGCCCUUCUCGUCCUCCUCCACCCCCUAUCUGCCCUCACCAGCCUGCCUCUCAUGCUCACAGCCCCCCCGCCCUCCUUCCAAAGGCUGCGCUGCUUUGAGCAGAGUAUUCACCCAGCGCCCCAGUCCCUGGACCCCCCUCUCCACCUCCCUCAACAAGACUCCCCCUGUGGCCUCCUUGUACAACCCCAGCAAGCAGGAGUCCUACUUCACCCAAUGCUUCACCAACCUGGGCCUCCUGGGGAAAGGCUGUUUUGGGGAGGUCUACAAGGUUGUGAGCCAUCUGGACGGUCGUCACUACGCAGUGAAACGCUCUGCACAUCGCUUCAGGGGCAGUAGAGAACGAAAGUGCAGCCUCAGGGAGGCCCGGAACCAUGAACGCCUCCCCCCUCAUCCCCAUAUCUUGGGCUUUGUGGGUGCCUGGGAGGAGGGGGGGCGUGUGUAUAUCCAGAUGGAGCUGUGCGUCACCAACCUGCUGCUCCAUGCUGAAAACCAACUUCCCUCUCCAGAUGAGGGGGCAGUGUGGACGUAUCUGUGUGAUCUUCUCUUGGCCCUGCAGCACCUGCACUCCCAGAACUUUGUUCACCUUGACGUCAAGCCGGCCAACGUAUUCCUCACCCACUCUGGACGGCUCAAGCUGGGAGACUUUGGUCUGCUGUUUGAGCUCCCACAGCAGGGAGCAGAGUCCGGAAAAGAGAAGGAGAAAGAGGAGGUUCAGGAGGGAGAUCCCAGAUACAUGGCCCCAGAACUGCUGAGGGGGGAGUGUGGACACCCAGCUGACGUAUUCAGCUUGGGUGUUUCUAUUCUGGAGCUAGCAUGCACCAUGGAGGUUCCCAAAGGUGGAGAGGGCUGGCAGCAGCUCAGAAAAGGUUACCUGCCCGCCGAGUUCACCUGCGCCCUGUCAGCUGAGCUGCAGGCCAUCCUGAAGAUGAUGCUCGCUCCGGAUCCCUCUCAAAGAGCCACCGUUACCGAGCUUCUUUCUCUCCCCUCGGUCAGGGGACACAUGUGGAGGAGACGUCUCUAUCUCCUCCUCAUAGAAGCCAUGCUCAAACUGGUCUCCCUCUAUCAGUCGGUUGUGGAUUUUGGAUGGCAGCUCCUCUCUUCCAUCCACCUGCCCUUCUUCCCCCACUACACUGCCCCUAUGCCCUGCACUCCACCAAAAGACAGCUGGGAGAGAGACUUCACUGUGCCCCUCAGCGCCAUGCACACAGAUCCUGACAGCUCUGGAGACGAUGCCGUGUUUCCCUUGGACCUCACAGACACAGAGCUGUCCCCAUCCUUCUCCCACAGGGUCGGAUCCAGAUUGUCUGUAGGAAGCACCUCCACUCCUCUCCCAGCCUCACAGAUGCAUACACACCCUAGUCCCCCAAACACACCUUCUCACUUGGGUCUGGGGGGUUCACCCUCACGCAGCCCAGCCCCCUCCCCCAUCCACUCCCACAGGUCCUGGCACAACCUGUCCCCUACUCAGAGUUUGAUACACUCUGAGCCUGAAAACCCAGCUCCAACCAGUUGCUCCACCAGGACCAGGCGCUCCUCCUCCAAGGACUCAAUUAAGAGACGCACCUGUUUCUGGGUCAAAGAUGAGGAGUCUGUCCCCCUCCCUGGCUUCGAACCAAGGAACCUCCUUGGUUUGUUUGAGGAAAUCGAAUCGGAGGGACAGCCAUGAGAACCAGACUGCCAGAAUGAACAAAAUGAAUGUUUUGUUUUUUUAAGGCGACAGUUAAGUUGGCCUUCAGGGAUAAUCUGCAAUGAAUGAAAAAAAAAAAAAGCAAACCCCCAGCUUUGCCUGUUUCGAACGGUUUGCUAUUUUGUGCUGCACUCUUAUAACACUUUUUUUUUUUUAAUAUGUGGUGUAAAAUUUAGACGAAAGAAAAAAUGCAUGAGAAUAUUAAGUGUGGUGUUAGGAUUUAUAGAUUCCGUUUUCAUCUGCUCUGCGCUGCUCCUCCUGACUCACAAAGGGAAAUAAACCUGAAAUCUUGAGGUGGAGAAUAAAACUUUGAAUCUCAGGAAAAGCUCAGCCUGCACACAUACAACCCAUGUUCCCGUCGCGCUAGAUUAUGAUAACGCUCCAUCUAGAGCAGUGGUUCUCAACCUUUUUGGGGUCCUGGACCCCCUGCGUAUUUUUGAUCUACCCUGAGGACCCCUCCACGUGAUCUUGGGGGAGGGGGGUUGCAAUUUGAUAGAAACAGUAGAAACUGCAUUUUAAAUUGCAUUAUAGCAAUUAUUCACUCUGGGGCAAAAAUAAGAGCUUUCAGUUGUAACUUAGAUAUAGUUAACAAAACAGAAUUCUUAUGCAGUAACUUUCAGAUAUAUGUAACAAAACAGAAUAUGUAUUCAGUAACUUUCAGAUAUAUGUAACAACAGAAUUUUUAUGCAGUAACUUUUAAAAAUGCAAACGGGAGCGAGAUCUCUUAUUAAAAUACAAUAAAUUACACUUGUGAAACAG